AUGGGAACCCUGAUUGACCGCUUUGAAGAACAUGAUGGACCAGUCCGUGGGAUUGACUUUCACAAGACACAACCACUCUUUGUCUCAGGGGGAGACGACUACAAGAUCAAAGUGUGGUCCUACCAGACGAGGCGGUGUCUCUUCACCCUGAAUGGUCAUCUAGACUAUGUGCGAACAGUCUUCUUCCACCAUGAAUUGCCUUGGAUCUUGUCUGCCUCGGACGACCAGACGAUCAGGAUUUGGAACUGGCAGAACCGGUCCCUGAUCUGCACAAUGACGGGCCACAAUCACUAUGCCAUGUGUGCUCAGUUCCACCCCAAGGAAGACCUCAUUGUCUCCGCCUCUCUUGAUCAAUCCGUGCGGGUAUGGGAUAUUUCAGGACUACGGAAAAAGCACUCGGCGCCAACAUCAAUGAGUUUCGAGGAUCAGAUGGCUCGGGCAAACCAACAACAGGCUGAUAUGUUUGGCAAUACCGACGCUGUCGUCAAAUUUGUUCUCGAAGGGCACGAUCGAGGCGUCAAUUGGGUGGCUUUCCACCCAACCCUUCCCUUGAUCGUCUCCGCAGGUGAUGACCGGCUCGUGAAGCUGUGGAGAAUGAGUGAGACCAAGGCGUGGGAGGUUGACACCUGUCGAGGACACUUCCAGAACGUCUCUGCAUGUUUGUUCCAUCCACACCAAGAUCUGAUUCUGUCCGUGGGCGAGGACAAAACUAUUCGUGUCUGGGACCUCAACAAGAGAACUUCUGUCCAGUCCUUCAAGCGGGAGAAUGAUCGUUUUUGGGUCAUUGCCGCCCACCCUGAAAUCAAUCUCUUUGCCGCAGGCCAUGACAACGGUGUCAUGGUCUUCAAACUCGAACGAGAGCGGCCAGCAUCCUCAGUGUACCAGAAUCAGCUGUUCUAUAUCACAAAGGACAAGCAUGUCCGAUCCUACGACUUCACCAAAAAUGUCGAGACCGCAUCGCUCCUGUCACUUAGGAAGUUUGGCAGCAAUUGGGUGCCUCCUCGUACACUCUCUUACAAUCCGGCAGAGCGGUCAAUCCUGGUCACCUCACCCACUGAUAAUGGCACUUACGAGUUGAUCGCACUUCCGCGAGAUACUACGGGAGCCACUGAUCCUACUGACAUCAAGCGUGGAUCAGGCAACGCGGCGGUUUUCGUGGCCCGCAAUCGCUUUGCUGUUUUCAGCACUUCCACCCAGUUAGUCGAAAUCAAGGACCUCAGCAAUUCGACGACGAAAUCCUUCAAAGCACCUGCCGGCACGACCGAUAUCACAUAUGGCGGCACUGGCUGUCUUCUUCUCAUCUCUCCCACAAACGUUGUCCUCUAUGAUAUUCAGCAGAAGAAGCAGCUGGCAGAAAUGAGCGUUGCUGGCGUCAAAUAUGUUGCCUGGUCCAACGAUGGUCUGUACGCUGCUCUGCUCAGCAAGCACAAUGUCACCAUCGUAAAUAAAUCCUUGGAACAAGUCAGUACCCUGCACGAGACGAUCAGAAUCAAGAGUGCCGCCUGGGACGAUUCUGGCGUCCUGCUCUACUCGACACUCAACCACAUCAAAUACACCCUGCUCAAUGGCGACAACGGCAUUGUGAGGACACUUGACCAGACGGUAUAUCUCGUCAAAGUGAAAGGUCGUAAUGUCUAUUGCCUCGAUAGAUCCUCCAAGCCUCGAGUCCUCACGAUUGACCCGACAGAAUACCGAUUCAAACUGGCGCUUGUGAAGCGUAAUUAUGAUGAAAUGCUUCAAAUCAUCAAGACCUCGCCUCUGGUGGGACAGAGCAUCAUCUCUUACCUACAGAAGAAGGGCUAUCCCGAGAUUGCCUUACAAUUUGUGCAAGAUCCCCAAACGAGAUUCGAACUCGCCAUCGAAUGCGGUAACCUGGAAGUUGCAACAGAAAUGGCCAAAGAGUUGGACAGGCCUAAAAUUUGGACGCGCCUGGGCGCCGAAGCUUUGGUGCACGGCAACCAUCAAACUGUGGAAAUGACCUACCAGAAACUUCGAAAUUUCGACAAACUCUCCUUCUUAUACCUCUGCACCGGUGACGAGGAGAAGCUCACGAGAAUGGCCAAAAUCGCCGAGCAUCGGGGUGAUUUUGUGUCCAGAUUCCAAAACGCGUUGUAUCUCGGCGAUGUGGAGAGCCGGAUACAAUUGUUCAAAGAGAUUGAUCAAUAUCCCUUGGCUUAUCUUACAGCAAAGUCUCACGGGUUGACGGAAGAAUGCCAAUCAAUACUCGAGCUCUGCGGGUUGACGGAAGAUCAAAUCUCGAUGCCGGAGUCCGGAGAAGGUCUCGCUCCUCCCAGGGUCAUUGUUCCUACAUACAAAGCAAACUGGCCAGUGAAGGAGGCAUCCCACUCCUCAUUCGAGAGAGCACUCCUCGGCGAGGUCGGAGUGGCGGUUGAAGACGAAACAAGCCCGGAUCUCCUCACGGACGACGUGCCAGUGGGUACAGACGGUGAUGGACCCGCAGCAGAUGAGGAGGCGGAUGCCGGCGAAGGUUGGGACAUGGGCGACGACAUCGGGCUCGAGGCCGCUGGGAACGACUCUGACUUUGUCAAUGUGGACAACCCCGAUGCACCUGCGGAAGCUGCCGGACCGGGCAGCUCAGAAGCAGAUAUGUGGUCCAGAAAUUCUCCGCUGGCAGCAGACCACGUUGCAGCAGGCUCCUUCGACAGUGCUAUGCAGCUGCUGAACCGCCAAGUGGGGGCAGUGCAUUUCGCGCCACUCAAGCCACGGUUUCUGGAGAUUUACCAGGCAUCUAAGACGUAUCUGCCUGCCAAUGCUGGCUUGCCUCCUAUUGUGAACUACGUUCGCCGCACCACCGACGAGACGGACAACAGAAAGCUCCUGCCUGUCAUACCCAGAAACCUAGAGACUCUGACGAACGCCGACCUUCAGGAAGGAUACACGGCCAUGAGGACAAACAAGCUGGAGCAAGGUGUUGUCACGUUCCGGAGCUUGCUCCAGUCACUUCUCGUCAAUGUUGUCAGUUCACAGGCACAGGUCGAUGAAGCCAAAGCACUCAUAACGAAAGCGAUGGAAUACACGCUUGCAAUGAGCAUCGAGCUUGAAAGACGCCGACUUGCAGCUGCGGGUGGCGAUUCGGAGGCCCAGCUCAAGCGACAGCUUGAGCUUUCGGCUUACUUCACCAUGCCCAAACUUGAAGUGGCUCAUCGGCAACUGGCUCUUAUGGCCGCUAUGAAGUUGGCCUUCUCGAAUAAGCAGUACUCGAGUGCAUUGUCGUUUGCAAAUCGAAUCCUCGCCAAUGGGGGCGCGGCCAAAUUGGUUGAGCAGGCGAAGAAAAUCAAACAACAGGCUGAGCGUUCCGGGUCGAGCGACAAGGUCGAAAUUGAGUACGACCAAUUCGCCGAUUUUGACGUUUGCGCGGCCUCUUUCACCCCUAUCUACUCGGGAGCCCAAAGCGUGUCAUGUCCAUUCGAUGGGGCCAAGUAUCAGAACCAGUUCAAGGGUCAAGUGUGCAAGAUCUGUGAAGUUUGCGCGAUUGGUGCCGCGGCCAGUGGUCUGCGGUUAUGGCGAACCCUCGUGCCGGUGCUGGAUGGACUCUCUGUAGCUGAUGAUGCCGGCAUCAUAGCAGUUGACCAGACCGGGCCGCAUGGCAUUGGUGAAAGCAUUCGUGCCAUAGGGUUGGCCGCAGCACCGGGCAUUACCGGUCCAUCAGGGGUGUUCAAGUCCAGACCCGAGGACGACAUGGUCGAGGUCAUCUCCACGCCCGACCGCGGCCUCGCCCUCUUUUCGACCCGCAAGAUCAAAGCCGGGACGCUGGUGUUGGCCGAACACCCCCUCAUCUCACUGGACAAGCACGAGGAGAACGACUCCAGCGCGAUCGAGCGCGAAUUCUCCACACUCUCGCGGGCGGCACAAAAGACGUAUCUGCGCCUCUUCGACGCCCAGAAGUCGCGCAUGUCCCGCGUCGUCUCGAUCUACUACAGCAACUGCUACAACUGCGAGGGCUUCCGACCCGGCGGCCAGGGCGGCUCGGCGAUCGGCGCCUUGUCGAGCCGCAUCAACCACAGCUGUGUGCCCAACGUGCAAUUUUCCUACGACGAGGCCAGCGACGAGAUGAGGUUCUACGCUAUCCGGGACAUCCCGCGAGGGAAGGAGAUUUGCAGCAACUACGACAAGUCGGUCUUCGAAGUCGCGGCCCAGCGGCGGAGAAAGCAGCAGAUGUACUACGGCUUCGUGUGUCGCUGUGAGGCGUGUGAGGCGAAGAACGAGUUCUGGGCCAAGAGCGACGAGCGGCGGCGGGGGAUGUACGAGGCCAUCCGAGCCGUGCAGUGGUGCGAGAAGAAGUUGGCGGGCGGGAAGGACGCGGUGGUGGCCGAGAAAAGUCAAGCUGGAGAGGCUGACCUUAUCGAACAAGCGUUGACUUCCUUGGGGAGAUUAGAACGGCUGUUGUCGAAGGAAAGCCUCGUGGGCGUGCCUCUCGCGAACACAUACCGGAGCAUGGCGAGGUGGACGGAGAGGAAAGGCCAGAACGCCCGCGACGAGGUUGCGGGUUGGAGGGCCAAGGAGCUUGAGGCGUGUGUCAUUGCGUUUGGAAGAGAUGGUCAGCGGACCAAGGACGUUGAGACCAAGUUGGCAGCACACCGAGCCGCGAGGAGGAGGACGUGA